UUCUCCUCGUAAUUGUCGGUUUCCUGCGAAGGUCACCGCCAUGGCAGAGAGCAACAGAGUUACGCCAUGGGAGGAUUACAAUUACAUUGCCAGACUUCCUGACUUUUGGGAGGUGACUGGUGUUGUGGGUGGUAUCGCGCUAUGUAGGACAUACCAGGCAGCAAACCUUCGUCCUUUGAAUACUAAUGCUUCUAGGAUGAUGUUUGUUGGUUAUAUAAUAGGAGGUUACUUGAUAGGUAAAGCGGCUACUGUACUCAGAAACAACUUCCAAACGAGGAGACAACUCUUCCUUGAAGAUUACGUGGAUAAGCACCCAGAGGACUUCACUUCAGCAGAACCCAAAAAAUUCAAGGAAGUUUUAUGGGAAUGGAAACCACAUCGCUAAUAGAAAAGGAAAUGGUUAUUUUUAUAAAAAGACUAUAAAUAAACACUGUUAUUAUUUGAAUCUAUUAUGACAAGACCUGUGCAGUGUGUAGCUGAUAUAUUAUUGUGGUAGAUCAAGUUACGAAGAAAAACAUUUUUUUUCUGAAGAUGAAACAUUGUUGUCUUUGUCUAGUGACAUCAUGUGUGUUUUGAAAAAUAAGAAUAAAGGAUGGAAAUCUG